GCUUUGGAUUAACCAGAUUUUAUAAGCGGGUGUGCGCACUACAGCCGCUGCAGAAGCAAAGGUUUUUCCUGCGCAAAAUUUCCUUCACAGAAAGUACAAUGGCUAGAUAUAAUCCCUUAAAGGUGUGCUGUUGUAUUUUGCUUGUUUUGAUCUGUGCUGUUGCCCUCAUCUGUCUUUGCAUCGCCACCUUUGCUGAUGUAGGAUGCCCCACCGGCAGCUUCAAAAAUGCGGCUGUGGCUGCAGACUCGCAAAUUUGCUCCGAGAUUGGCAAGAACAUGCUCCAGCAGGGGGGGUCAGCAGUAGAUGGCGCCAUUGCAGCUCUUCUGUGCACAUCUGUGAUCAAUCCUCAAAGCAUGGGGAUAGGAGGAGGCUCUAUAUUGGCUGUGAGAAAUAAAACAGGGAAAGUUACCAUCUACAACUUCAGAGAGACUGUCCCAAAGAAAUUCAAAUCUAAUCUGUUAAAUGACUGUCCCACUACAUUCAGGCUCUCCACAGGCAGCCAGUGGAUUGGUGUCCCUGGAGAGCUGCGGGGCUAUGAGGCUGUUCACAAACUGUAUGGAAGGCUGCCAUGGGCCAAGCUUUUUGAGCCAACAAUUAAACUGGCCAGGGAGGGUAUCCCCAUGCCACCCUACCUAGCCACUUUUCUCAGUGCCAACAUUGUGAAGGACCAUGUGGAGAAAUCUUCCCUGUGUGAAGUUCUUUGUAACAUGAACAAAACCGUUCUGGGUAAAAAGGAUAUCCUGAGAUUUCCUAAACUUGCAGAAACCAUGGAAAUCAUAGCAAAGCAAGGGGCAGAUGCCUUCUACGUUGGCAAGAUAGGACAGGACUUAAUCCAAGACAUAAAAGCUGCAGGUGGGUCUUUGACAAUGGAUGAUCUGAAGUCUUUCAAGGUUCGGGUGAUCGAUGCUCAGACGGUUUCUCUGGGAAAUGUACAGAUGCAUUUUCCUCCACCACCUGCUGGGGGCAUCCUGCUUGCCUUCAUUCUCAGAAUCAUGAAAGGGUUCUCGCUGACUUCAGACUCCCUGGUUGGUGACAAGAAGAUUCAGCUGUACCAUCAUUACAUAGAAGCAGCAAAAUUUGCUAACAGACAAAAGAGGAACAUUCGUGAUCCUACCUUUAAUGUUGAGAAGAGUGCCGACUAUUUGAUUGAUCCCACCUUCAGUGAUAACAUUAGGGCAUUGAUUACUUCUAACGGCACCCACGAUGACUCCUACUACAGCAACAAGCCUUCCACAGAUCACAUGGGGACCACACAUGUGUCUGUCCUGGAUGAAGACGGACUGGCGGUCUCUGCCACCAGCACCAUUAACCAAUUAUUUGGAGGAGCUGUUUAUUCUCCACGAACAGGCAUCAUCCUCAACAACGAGUUAGCUGAUUUUUGUGGGAGGGCAGACUCGCUGAGCGCAGGCGAACAGCCUCCCUCCUCAAUGACUCCAGCAAUACUGGACACAAAGUCUGGGGGGAUCCUGGUGAUUGGAGGAUCAGGAGGAAGCAUGAUUACCACAGCAGUGGCUUUGUCCAUAAUAAACCGUCUGUGGCUGGGGAUGAGCUUGAAAGGUGCCAUCGAGGCUCCUAUCAUUUUCGUAGACUCAAAGAACUUUGUGAAUUUCGAGCCUGGUUUUGACAAGUCUGUGAUGGAUGGCAUUAAAACCCUUGGACACAACAUUGGGAACUGGAGGUUUUUUUUAAAUGUAGUCAAUGCUGUGGAAAAGGAGAAUGGCUGCAUUCAGGCUGUGUCAGACAGGAGGAAGAAUGGCAUGUCAGCUGGAUACUGACAGUGAGGAAGGGGAACCUUCCACUAAAAUCUUUCCUUGAGAUUUACUGAACCUUUGGCCUUUAAAGCAAUGACUUUGUGCUGCAGCUCGGACAACAGAAUGUGAGUGAAUCAUUCUGUGGACAUUUUUUUUUUCUUGCCUUGUAAGCAUGAUGACAUGUCUUGUUUGAUUAAAUCUGAGUUCAAAUCUGUGAAACGGUGCAAGAAACAUGUGCACUGAUGUUCAGAUAAUCCCAUGCAUAUUCUCUAAACCAUUUAAUUUGAAUGUAAAACUGCAAAUGACUAUCUCUGCGUCCAAAUAUUCAGAAAAACAUGAGUCAAUGCAGUACUAUAUCAAUCGUAGGAAAAAAGUAAAUAACUGUUAUUGAAGUUGAUUCUUCAGUCAAAUGCUAUCAAAAUGUUACUGCUGAAGACAGCAUGAUAAUGCUUUAACUACCAGAGAUUUACUUUGCAUUUUGCUCUAAUCCAAACAUCAUCAUCUCCAUCCUUCUGAAGUAUUUGUUGGAGAUGUCACAUGUUUACUAUUUUUCCUGAAUUUCUGGCCUGUUUUACUAAAAUGCAGAUAGUUAUUUAUAAUAAAAAUAGGUGGCCUGACUUACACUUUUAAAAACACCACAAUUGGUAAUACUAACCAUCUUUGGGCCCAUAAACUAUGUACAUGCACAUCUACACCAUGUAUUUUAGGACCAAGAUAAAUCAAAGCGUUGGUCAUUACCAGAGUAAAAUGUUAUAUAAACACAGCAAUGCAAGCUUAUACCCCUACACUGCAGCAAUCCAAGUGUUCAUACAAGGAGCGCAUGGUCUCUGCA